CGAGCAGCCGCCGAGAAAAGCGUCGUGUCGUGUCGUGUCGUGCCGUGUCGAUGCGAAAGAGGUGAAUCGUCGCGAGGGAAUUGGUGAAUUUGAGUGCUCAGUGAAUGCCUCCAGGAUUUGCGGAUGUUGAUAUCUUGUGCGAAAGAAGGAUCGGAAGAGAAAAAAAAAGAAAAGUGAGCCGAGAGAUAAAGGAACGAACGAUCGGAAUUGAACAUAAUGACAUGGUGACUUCGCAGCGAUUUCGUCGACGUGAAUGAAUGGGAGAAGCGGUGAAAUUGAUUGCGGGAAUUAAAUUCGGAAGAUCGAAUAAGCGUAGACUGAAUUUUGCCAAUCGAGAGACAUUGUCGUCGUCGUUUUACGUAAAAUACGUGUAUUCGAAAUUUUUUUUUUUUUUUUUGUUCGGCAGCUCAGAUUGAUCGAGUGAAAAAAAUUUAGGAGAAGAAGCGAACGAGACAGAGAUCAGUCAAGUGGGAAAACGUCGAGCUAAUAGGGCACGAAAAAAAAAAAAAACAAAAAAAAUACAGAGAAGUCAUCACCCCUCUCUCUUUCUUUCUUUAUUUCGGAUUACAUUAGCGUAGCAAAUAAAAUUCGUUUUAUUGUGAAGCACCGGAAGUCUUGGAGAACGGCAAAUAACAUAGUCGAGUAAUCAAGGCGGAAGACGGUUGAAUAAAUUGGAUCGGGGAUAUUGCAAGAAACAUCGAAAGAGAGAGAUAGAGAUAGGGAGAGAGAGAGAGACAACGCUCACAAGAAAACUCAACCCAUUAAGCUACACACAGGUUGGGAAAAAGUUCUCCUCGCGCGAACGAGAAGAAAGGAGGUGAUAAAUUUGCGAGGAACACAACGUUGCGCAUUACCUUCCAUUUCGGAAACGGCGCGCGAUUCAAAACUGCAUACGUGCGUUUCUUUCUGACAAAUUGAUCCGACAACCGGAGAAAAACCCGAUCGAAGACGCGAUUUUCUUUCUCCGAAGAAACAGGCGCGGGAGAAACUUGAGUUUGUCAUCGCGGCUCCUAGCGCGAAACGAAACGCGAGAUCGUGUCGAGAGCGCGCGAAAAGUUAUCUCGCGAUCGACUCGAUCGCGUUUUCCUCCUCGCGUGAAAAAAAAAAAAAAAAGAGACGAGCGAUUUCGAACGUGACUCCGAACAAUCGAACAUAACUCGCGCGAAAGUGAGACGACACAAGAGGAGAGAGGACGACGAGGAAGAAAAAGAAAAAAUCCAUGUGAUUUUUCGUGGGCGCGAGACAAAAGGUGUUGUCUCCGCGAAAACGGAAGUCCGCGACGGCGGAGAAUUCUAAUUAACCCAAUUUCUGCCCGAAGUUGCGUCAACGAAACAACGUACAUACACGUUUCAAUCCUGUUGUGUUGUUAUUCCUGCGUGUUUUUCCCUUAAUUAAAAAAAAAAAAAGAAAAAAAAAAGAAAAAAGUGAAACGUUGCCGCUCCGCACGCGCGUCAGUUACGAAACGAGCGAGCGAAACUGGAAUUAUAAAUCAGACCGCUUUGUGUUUAACGUUGAGUGUAUGUACAUCAAAGAGAUCGGCGAACUUGAGCAAGAGAAUAAACCGCGUCAUUCUUCGACGAUCCUCGCGAAAUCCUGUAAACUCUCGCGGUAACAGCUGCGGGGGAACGGUCUGUUGUCGCGCGCGCGCAAAGAGAAUUCGCUGACGUGUGACGAAAGUACAUUUAAUUCGCAUCAAGAAGAAGAUUCGCGUCUUGGGUGGUCUUCGACCGUUCGUGCGCGUCUUUCUCUCGAAAACGUUAGACACUUAGUUGUAAAUCGUAGACGGCCGAUUAUAGUAAUCGGGUAUGGGCGAGAGACGCCCGUCGCGGAGCAACAGCGCGUGUUAUCCUCGGCGACACGCAUCGGGAUGCUGAUCCCGUAGAGGUAUCGCGCGUUCGGGGAAGCGCGCGCGCCACGGGGAUUAGGUUGUGAGAGAAGAGAAGAGAAGAAGAGAGGAGAGACUCGAAGCGCACAUCUGCGAAAGUAUCCGCGUCAGAGAUGGUCAGCCAACACGCGAUGGCCACCACCGUCCGCAAAGUCAAGCAGGAGAAUCGUCUGAGGCGGCAGAAUCAGUGCCAAGAUGAAGAGGGGCCUUACAAGCCAGUGCCACCACCGAAGCCGGUGCCGAACAAUCAGAAGAGCCAGGAAGGUCAGCAGGACGAGCAGCGGGAGCAGACGGUAGCCGAACGUUCGUUGUUGCGAGCAACUUCCGGUCCGGAAAGGAGCACCGUCGCGGAGAACGGACAGGUUCGAAGCGGACAGCCCUUCGCGCCGGAAUACAGGAUGCCACCCUUGUACGGGGAGGAGCAGAGUUCGGGUCAGGCUCAACAGGCGGCCAGUUUGCAGACUCACAGCAGCAAGUUCCCGAUAGAACGCGAGUUGGUCCUGUCGUCGGGGGACAAGAACUCCAAGAUUCCCAUUCUCCACGAGUACAAACAGAGGACCGCCGGAAGAGUCGCCAUCGCGCCGGAUGCACCGAUCAAGCAACAGGCCUGGGUUCAGGAGGGAACUCAGGUGCAGGAAGUGAGACAGGACGGCCAAGCGAGGAACUAUCAGUCACAGGACACCUACUCAUCGGCGUCCGGAGCGGUGCCGAGGACGACAAAGAUCGACGAGGAGAAGACCAAGUCGCUGUCCAGAACGUAUCACACCAUUAAGGACAUGAUCUCGAGCCGCUUCGGUCCGAGUCGCAAGGACGUCGAGCCGGAACCGGAAGCGAGUUUGAACAACGUCACGGAGGAGCUGCGAAAAUCGAGCAGGAGUAUAGACGACGACGAGGCCAGGAAGAAGGAGGGGAUUUACGGGAAACCCCGGGCGCAGGACGCGACGUCGGUUAAUGUGCAGCAAUAUUCAAAGAACGCUUACGGAGGUCAGUACGGCCACUCGUACGGCUAUCAAGGCAAUCAGCAGAACGUGCCACUGCCAGGCCAACUGCAGCCGACCACGACUAUUCAGCCGAAUCUGCCGGGACAGAGCGCCCAGUUACACGUGACCCAUCACACGCCACCCGGUGGUGUUCAAACGGUUCAUCAGACUCAGGUCUCUGCUUUCGGCCAGUCCGGGGCGACAGGUGCGCAGCAGGUGCAAAAUGUUACGAGGGAGUACGUGGUGCCGACGCCGGCCGCGAUCGCCGGCCAGCAAAUGCAUCAGGGAAUCCAUCAGAAUCCCGCGCAGGGGCAAGGCACGCAAGUGCAAAAAGCGCACGGUCUGUCCGUGCAGCAGCAUCAGGUGGGCAACGCGAUGCCACCGACGAGUCAGGGCUUCCAGAGCACUCAGCAAUUGUUGCAUCAGAAUCAGAAUCAUCAUCAGAGUCCCCGGUUCGCGCAGCAGCACGCGCAAAACAUGCACCAGCGUCAACUGAUACAGCAGAUGCAUCAACAGCAGCAACAGAUCGUUAGCCAGCAGCAGAAUUCGCAGACGUGCGGGCGAAACAUGCAACCGACGUCGUAUUUUGCCAACAGCGUUUCGUAUCAACAAUAUCAGCAGGCCAGGCAGGCGAUGUCGAGGUCGCAGAUCGAUCUGCCGAGCACAUCGAGACAGGCGCAGGAGCUGCGCGUCUCCGGUCAGGAAGUUUACUAUCAUUACGCUCAAGGGAGACCGCGUUACGGCGUUCCCCAGGUGUACAUGAAGACCGAGAGCAAUCAGGAGGCCGAGUUUCAGAGGCGAAACUCGUCAAAGGGCAUCGAGAAGGCGGCGUCCCAGCCGCAGCUCUGCUACGAGGACGAGCGUAACGCCGAGGCAGCGAAGAAUCCCGCGGAGAACAUGAAGAAUCUCACGGUUGACCCGCUGGACAAGGAGAGGUACGAGAUUACGGUGGAAGAUCGAAAUCAGAGCGAAUUGGGAAAAAACGGAUCACAGAGGAACGAGGAAUAUCGUCCGGAAACCAGCUUCGGCAUUCGGAGGGACGGAGACACGCGAGCCUCGAAGAGGGAUCAGGAGCAGCUGGGAUCGUCGGGUCAAGAGGGCGGCCAGGAAACGGCGGAGGGUAACUCCGUGCAGAAGAGAAUCGAGGAAUUGCAGAAACGGGCGGAACAAGAGGGUCAUUUUGGCUCCAAGCCGUCGUCCAAGGACGAUGCGGAUGGCUUGAGAAUCGGCUUGGCAACGAAGAUGAUGGGCGAGGCGUCCAAGAGACUCGAGGGCGGUGGACAAUAUAGCGGGAAGGAGACCGCAGUGAAAUCGGAUAGCAGGAAAGACGAUCUGGAGCAGGGUAUCAGCCGAUUGAAGAUUCAGAAUCAGGGCUCGGGUUCGGAUUACGACAAGGCCGGCCAGAGUUCGUCGAAUGUCGACUCCGGAAGAGGCUCCGCUGUCUACUCGAGCGGAAGACGCCCGCCGCCUGACGACCAAACCCUGGGAGCGCAAGUACAAGACUCGGAAUGGGCCGAUAUAGUCGAGUCGGAGUUGCGGAGUAUUUUGGAACCCAGGGACGUGCCGGCAAUGGCGCACUCCACCCUGUCCGAAAGUGUAUCCUCAGUGACACCACCUCUGCCGCCGCUGUCACCCCAUGACAGCCCACGUACGCCGAGAAAUCGAUACUCAACGAGUUUACCGUAUGGAUUGAAACCAAAUUACAGCGAUUACAACAAAGCCAUGGAAAAGAGAGGUUUCUCGAGCAGCGCGAAACACCGUGGUGCAUCGACAUCCAAGAAGGAAGCCGCGAAAAAGUUCUCGCACCUUUUCGGAAUGGAAGCCGCCGAUUUGACGUCCACCACGACGGGGCUCGAUUUGGAUUCGAUGCUGGACAGAAGCGACUCCGAUCUCAGCACGACCGACGCGAGAACGAUCAGGAAACAAUUGGAAGGGUUGGAAAAUAUGUACAGCGAGGUACUUAAAUUGCUCGGCGGAAGUGUGAAAAAGAGGCGGAAAGCGAGAGGACUCACCAGUUACGGUUCGGUCUCGUCGUUGCCGACGUCCUCAGUCUCGUCCCGACCUGUUACCAGGCAUCACGACAAACGCAGAUCUCACGUCAUCGACGACAGAAUGAAGAAAGCCAAAGACAUCAAGAGCAUCAAUAAGCGUUUCCAGCGACUGGAGUCGCACGUGGUGACUCUGGCGAGAUCGGUGGCCCACCUGAGCUCGGAGAUGAGAACCCAGCAUCUCAUGAUACAGGAAAUGGAGAGCAUAAAGUGCGAGAUCGCGGCACUCAGGACGCAAACGAGCAUGGCAAUGGUGAGGUCGCAGUCGCAGCCCCUGAUCAAGGAUGCGGAACUGCCGGCGCUCUCGAACCCUUCGAGAGUGAAGAAGUUGACCAAGUUCUUCGGCACGGAACCGCCCCUCAUCAGGCUUUUCCUGAGGGAACUUGGGUAUGAGAAAUACGCGACCGCUUUCGAGAAGGAAAAAGUCGGCAUGGUCGAGCUACCGUACUUAAGCGAGGAAAGGUUGCAGAAAAUGGGAGUCCCGCUGGGUCCGAGACUGAGGAUCCUCCAAGAAGCGAGGAUCUCGGUGUGCAAGGAUCCGAUUUACGUGGUAUGAAUACGUCCCCCUCCGGGCGAUUCGAAGAAAAUUAGAAGAAAAAUCCAGGGGUUGCAGAGAAUUAAAGAGAAUGAACGAACAAGGAAUUGUUGCGAGAAGAAUUCGUUUUCCCGGCGACCGAUGGAUGUGUUAAAGGCCGUCCUUAAAAAGGAGCCUCGAGCUCGCGUUUCUUUGAGCGACGGUUUCUUCUUUUUUUUUUUUUUCUUUUUUUUUUGUUCUUUCUCCGUUUGUGCAAUCGAUAGCCGUCUGUGGAAGCUACGCUCGCUUAUUGUAACGCGCGAUUAUUUCACGCAACGUCUUCUGUUCGACAGAUUUGCUCGCGAUGUCGCCGCGGAAUUUUCGGAAGAAGGAGAUUAUAUCGCCGCUGCACAGACGAUUUGAUUUAUAAUAAAAAACGCAUUUAAAGAAAAGACGAAUUGUCCGACACGCGAGUUAAAAUUGUAUCGCUGCUUAAAUUUCCUUACACAUAUGCGAGCAAAUAGAAGUCUGGAAGAGAAGAAGCUUAGAUAUUUAUGUAUCUCUAAAAAGGUACGUUAUAAAAAAAUUUAAACUUGCGCGACAGUUGCAGAUUUGUUUUUGAAGAAAAGAUUUUGAUAAUGCAUGCUGUAUGUUGAUUAUUUUAGCUGACGUCUGAUUAUUCGUUUCUGCGACAAAAAUUUACGUCAUCGCAAUACUGUCACUCGUGAAACAUAUUCACACAUUUUUGCAUCG